ACGAGAGUUGUACUCACUACUCAGUACUCACUCGUCGUUAGUUUCUUACAGACUAUUUUUUUCAUCUGCGUCGGUUUUCCCUGUUUCCACUCUCAUUUGUUACCCUUACCAUGACUUCUCUUUCUACCAUGAAGUUUCGCCACUUCCGGCAACACUUCAACUUCUCUUCUCUCUCCACUACUUCUUCAAAUCCCCAAAAAACACCUCCACAUUCAAUUUCACCGUCUAUCACUUCUCCAAUAACCCAACAUCAGUUACAAACUUCCAUCUUAAACUCUCAGUGGCAUUUCAUCAAACACCUUCCAUCCUCUCUCCCACCUUCUUUAAUCUCCGAUACCCUCCUCAAUCUCCGAUCAAAUCCCAACAUUGUUUCCAAAUUUCUCGAACAAAUCAACCAUACCCACCUCGAUAUUCACUCUAAUUCUCUUGCUCUUGUCAUAAUCUCUCUCCUCCCAUCACCUAAGCCUGCUUUGCAGCUUGCAAAGUAUAUAAUUAGCAGCAAAUUAGUAAGUAGUUCUGAGUUUUUUAGUAAAUUAGGGCAAGCUCGUGAAAGUUUGAAUGUUGAUAGUACCAUUUGUUUUGAUUUUUGGAUUAAGGGUUUAUGUCAAUUGAAGAAAGCUGAGGAAUCUUUUAAGUGUUUUAAGAUGAUGAAAGAUAUGGGUUUUUUACCUAAGGUUGAAACUUGUAAUGAUAUGUUGAGUUUGUUUAUUAGAUUGAAUUCUAUUCAAAUGGUUUGGGUUUUAUAUGCUGAGAUGUUUAGGUUGAAGAUUAGUUCUAAUACUCAUACUUUUAAUAUUAUGAUUAAUGUGCUUUGUAAGGAAGGUAAAUUUCGAAAGGCAAUUGAAUUUGUAGAGUGUAUGGAGAUUGCAGGGUUUAAGCCUAAUGUUGUGACUUAUAAUACUUUAAUUAAUGGGUAUUGUUCAAGGGGUAAGAUUGAGAGUGCUAAGAAGAUUUUGUGUGAGAUGAAAGUUAGGGGAAUGUAUCCGGAUUCGUACUCGUAUGGUUCGAUUAUUAAUGGGUUAUGCAAGGAAGGGAGGUUUGAUGAAGCUGUGGGAUUUUUUGAUAAAAUGGUGGAAACUGGGUUGGCACCUUCUGCUGUGACUUACAAUUGUUUGAUUUCUGGAUAUUGCAAUAAAGGGGAUUUAGAGAAGGCAUUUGGUUAUAGAGAUGAGAUGGUUAAGAAGGGUGUAACUCCGACAUUGUCAACGUAUAAUGUGCUGAUACAUUCGUUGUUUAUGGAAGGUAAGGAUGCUACUGCUGAUAGCUUAAUAAAGGAGAUGGAAGAGAAGGGUAUGAGGAAGGAUGAUGUUACAUAUAACAUUCUGAUUAAUGGGUACUGCCAAAGUGGAAAUGUGAAGAAGGCAUUUGAGCUUCUUGACGCGAUGUUAGUUGAAAGGAUUCAACCUACAAGAGUUACUUAUACAUCUCUUAUAUAUGUGUUGAGUAAAUCAAAGAGAAUGAACGAGGCAGCUGAUCUGUUUGAGAAGGUAACACGAAAUGGUGUGACUCCGGACCUUGUGAUGUUCAAUGCUCUGAUUAAUGGUCAUUGUGCAAACAAGAAUUUGGAGCAGGCUUUUUCAGUUUUGAGAGAGAUGGAUAGAAGGAAAAUUCGUCCUGAUGAAGUGACCUACAAUACACUGAUGCAGGGCCUUUGUCGGGAUGGUAAGGUUGAAGAAGCUCGAAAAGUUCUUGAUGAGAUGAAGGAAAGAGGGAUUUUGCCGGACCAUAUUAGUUAUAACACACUUAUCAGUGGAUAUAGCAAGAGAGGUGAUAUGAAGGAUGCCUUCAAGAUUCGAGAUGAAAUGUUUAAUAUAGGAUUUAACCCCACUCUUCUUACUUACAAUGCCUUAAUUCAAGGGCUUUGCAAGAAAAAGGAAGGUGCUCUUGCUGAAGAACUCCUGAAAGAAAUGGUUGGUAGAGGCAUUACUCCUAAUGACAGCACCUAUAUCUCUUUGGUUGAAGCCAUGGGGGAUACCGAAAAUGUCACUGAAAAUAGCGCGCCAUAAGAAGUGCAUUGAGAGAUCCAUUAGGAGAAAUCAAAGACUUUGUCAGACAAACUUGACGCAGCGUGUUUUUAGGGAUGGACAAUCAUUACCUUGCACAUCGGGGUGAAGGUUUCGUCACAUAUUUACCUAUAAAUUCAUUACUUUUACCACCCUUUUGUUACCUCCUAUCAAACAUAUCGUAUGGUUUGAGGAGAUACCCACCUGAGAGUUAGUCCCCUAAAGGGUAAGGCACUUUCAUAUGAUUCUGCAUUUCUGCUGAAUGUUGGGUAACAAGUUUAAGAUGAACAAUAACCUGAUUGAGUUGGAUGUUGAUCAAACUGUGUUCUAUUCGCACGCGGUUCAACCUGUGGCAAUCAUUGAACAAGCAGUACGACUGUAUGAGUUGGCUGGAUCUGCCUCUCACAGGUAACAGCUGCUGCUGCUUGAUUAAUUAGGACAGUACACAGAAAAAAUUAACCAAUAACCACUUGUCAGAUUGUGGAUAUAUGGGAGAUGGACUGGAUGGACCACCAGCGAACCAGCGGUGUGGGCUGCCUGGUACCAGAGUUUGUUCCCCAGCAGUUGGAGAAAUAGCAGCAUCAGUAUGAAUAGUAGAGGCAGUGGACAUCCCCAUACUAGAACUAGAAGUAAUACUACUAAGAUAUAACGCAGCAAUUACAACAAGACAGCUCACUGAAUUUGCCAGCUUCAUCUUCUGGCAGAUUCUUACACUUAGCCUGUAAUUAUCUCUUCAAAGCUUUAAUUUGCAAAUAAUUAUUGGGAUGGAUGAGAGAAUUAUGAUGGGAUUGCAGUUCUUUAUAUGGCUCAUUUGGCACAGUGUGAUCAAAAUACCCAUUUUUUUUGGGUGGCUAUGAAUUAUGAUGGCUUGUGUGUGUUAUGUUUACAAUGGCACGACCAAGAUCAUGAGUAGCAUAUCCAUAUGCAGUGUUCGUCAAGGAAGAUAUGGACUGUCUAGUUCUAUACUGAAGCAGAAUGUGUUGGGUUCGGAAUAUUGGUUUAUUGUACUGUCUGUUCUUCUGUGUUAUUUUGGCUCAUUUACUGUAUCAAUUUAAGAGGACUGUUUUUAUUACA